AUGUCUAGCGACGAUGCUCUACACUUCGACUACUUUCGCGUCUCCUGCACCGAAGAGUUCUCCCGCUCUUUCAACCCACCUUUAUGGAAGCAGCUUAUUCUGCGGGCAGCGUAUACGGAGCCUUUCAUGCUGCACGCGGUGCUCUCCAUUGGGGCUUUGCGGCGCUCGCAGCUAUUGCCCAUAUCAUCAGCUUCUACUGUAGUAAUGUUGCACUAUAGCAAAAAAUGGUACGAAAUAGCGACAGGAGAGUUAGCCGAGAUGCUGAAGGCCCAGAGUGUGGAUUGGAAGCUAGCGCUACUAGGCAGCCUUGUCUUUCUGGCUGUUGAAGUGUUGCGUGGCCAUGAGCACGGUGCACUACUACAUUUCAGGAGUGGAUUUAGCAUUUUGAAGAGCUUUGCCCUCGAGGGAGCGAUUAUCUCUCCGGGCACGCUGCAUUUCUCGGAUGUGGACGAAUUUGAUGAUGCUGUCAACGCAUUUACACGUCUAAGUGUUGAACAGUAUCCUUUUGUUGGCUUGCACAGUAGCUCAAAUGCAACUCCUACUCUUCCGUCACACUUCGAUACGUUAGUAGAAACUCGGAGGUCGCUCAACUCCAUUAUUUCAUCGCUGGAUACUUUCCUCCGCCAGUACAGUUGUCCUUCCAAGCCAACUCCUCCAUCGCAUCCUCACUCAGCCCUAAUAACCGCCAGACAACACGCCAUCCAAAUCAUUCUUCAAGAAUGGCACAAAAGGUUUCAUGCCUUCCUCUCCUCCUCAACAACUACCCAAAAUGUCAAAGAUCACGCCCAAGUCCUGCUCAUCCAAUACCUCGUUGCCUCGAUCAGAAUUUCAACACACUUCUCGGUUUCCCAGCUCAUAUACGAUGUCUAUCUCCCCGAAUUCGAGCAGAUAACAGUAAUGGCUAAGGCCGUGAUCGAUGUGGACAACAAAUCUUGGCCAAAUUCAAAUGGACCAUGUUACACGCUCAAUAUUGCGAUGGCACAGCCGCUAUAUUUUGUGGCGAGAUAUUGUCGAUAUAGUGUAGUGCGGAAGCGAGCGAUUGGGGCCUUGAGAAAAGUUGGGAGAGAGGGAAUAUAUACAGGGAGAGCGGUAGCAAGGGUUGCUGAGUGGAUUGUGGGGACCGAGGAGGGUGAUAUGGGGCACGGCUUUGUCGCAGAGGAGAUGAGAUUAAAUAAUGUUGUGUUCAAUAUCCGAGAAGAUGGAAGGACCGCGGAAGUUUGUGCAGAGAAGAGGGGCUUGUUAGGAACUUGGGAGGAAAUACAGGAUGAGAUUGACUUGUGUUAA